AGGCCGUGGUUUAAAGUUAAUCACUAAACAAUAGUAAAGCAUGCUAGUAAUCACAUGAUGGUGAAAAUGAAAGUGGAUGGGGUCAUUUAUUUUCCUACAAUUGGCAAACCUGUUCUUUUGUGAUGUCAAGGUUACACAAUUGCCAACCUCCUGCCCCCCGGAACAGCUGUUAGAAAGAAUGUAAAAGACUGCGUAAUAAAAUGUCUGUGUUGGCGUUUUGAAGAUCAGCCGUUUGAGACGUCUCCCAGUGCUUACGUUACAAAUCUAAUUAAAAGUUAUAUAAUAGAAUGCUGUGCCCUGAAGUGUUCAAUUUCAAGGCACCAGAAUCACACUUUUCGUCGCAAAAAUGCAGCAUUAAUGAGAGCAAUCAUUUGAACACAGUAAAUAGCCUUAUUUACAAUCACUUGGUGUCUGUUAUCCUGCCUGAUACUUCGAAAGUGCCAGAAAGCUUAACGCAAGCUCUCAACAACGAUUGUGAUUACUACAAACUUAUUAACGUGAAAAUAAGCGAUUUUGUUGCAAGGGAUUUUAUUCACAAUUUUAUAAAUAGCGGCAAUUUGUAUGUUCUGAGUGUUAACACGCGAAUUGAUUGUGAUAACUGCGUUGCGAUCACGCCCACGGGUCAACUCAUCUUGAGUUUAAAUAAGUCCGAAUAUCAGAGCUUGGGUCUUGAAGGGCGAGUCUCACAUUUCCACCACAGGACGCAGGAGAGAUACAUCGAGUGCGCCCACCUCCGCAGUAACUCUUUCAUCAAACCUUCCACUUACGUUGAAAUCAGCGUCGACGGUGGUUCCCCUCGGAAGACCGAAUGUGUCAAAAACACUGCUCAACCAAAAUGGAACGAAACCUUCACCCUUCUGGUAACUCCCCAUUCGAAAAUCAAUUUCGUCGUUUACGACAAGAACAAUUUUCGCAAAGACACUCUAGUGGGCGAGAAAAAAGUCGAACUUUUUCAAAUGUUACAACAUUUCAACGGCCGCUGUGAAAACCUUGAACUCACAUUGGAUCUCAUGAACGAAAACAAGAACGAAUCGCCGGCCAAAGUAGGCGAAUUAAUUUGCGUGUUUCAAGGCUUGACCGUCGACAUGUCCAAGUUUCACAAGCCGGGACCGAGUGCGACACCCCUGACGCAAAACAAUUGUGAAGCACAGAACUUACCCAAUCGGAGCGUUUUUAACGGGAUUAGAGCGAAAGUGCGGAAUGCUGGGACGGAAAACGUGGUUCCGUCUGCGUCGCGGGCGUCUACAGCGGAAAGACGGACCUCGCGGAUGGCGCUGUCUCCCACCACGCCGAUAGCGAAUGGCACCAUAGGCCCUCCGGCGACGGUACCCAAUGGCAAUGCUGUCCACAGUAACGACGGCGAAGACGGAAGGGCCGAGGAGCCCCUUCCCCCCGGCUGGGAAAUGCGAUAUGACACUUACGGUCGCCGCUAUUAUGUGGACCACAACACACGUUCGACGUCGUGGGAGCGGCCUCAGCCCCUGCCUCCCGGCUGGGAGAUGCGGCGCGACCCCCGCGGAAGGGUCUAUUAUGUCGAUCACAACUCGCGCACCACCACAUGGCAAAGACCAAACUCGGAACGGUUGGAACACUUCCAGCAGUGGCAAGGCCAGAGACAGCAUAUUGUUCAACAAGGCAACCAAAGAUUUCUCUAUCCGCAAUUUCAACCAGGGCCGGUGCCUGGGACCUCAGUUGUGGAUGAUGAAGAUGAUGGCUUGGGGGCCUUACCUCCCGGAUGGGAAAAGCGGGUGCAACCGGAAGGACGAGUGUAUUUUGUCAAUCAUAAGAAUCGGACGACACAAUGGGAGGACCCGAGGACUCAAGGACGGGAGGUUAUAGAUGAUAUGCCGCUGCCUCCCGGAUGGGAAAUUAGGUAUACGGAGGAGGGGAAGAGGUAUUUUGUUGAUCAUAAUACGAAGACUACGACGUUUGAUGAUCCGAGGCCAGGGGCACCAAAAGGACCCAAGGGGGUGUAUGGGGUGCCGAGAGCAUAUGAGAGGUCGUUCAAAUGGAAGAUCAGCCAGUUUAGGUUCCUAUGUCAAAGCAACGCUCUCCCAAGCCACAUAAAAAUACAAGUGUCUCGUCAGACCCUCUUCGAGGACUCCUUCCAUACGAUAAUGCGCUUACCGGCCUACGAACUCCGUCGCCGCCUAUACAUCAUCUUCAAAGGCGAGGAAGGUCUAGAUUACGGCGGCGUAAGUCGCGAAUGGUUCUUCUUAGUCUCACAUGAAGCUUUGAACCCGAUGUAUUGUCUUUUUGAGUACGCAAACAAAAACAAUUACAGUUUACAAAUAAAUCCUGCAUCGUACGUAAACCCCGAACAUCUCACUUAUUUCAAAUUCAUUGGUCGUUUCAUCGCCAUGGCUUUAUAUCACGGAAGAUUCAUUUAUUCGGGUUUCACGAUGCCUUUCUACAAACGAAUGUUGGGGAAGAAACUCGUGAUGAAAGAUAUUGAAAGUAUAGACCCUGAAUUUUACAAUUCGCUGGUUUGGAUCAAAGAAAAUAAUAUUGAUGAGUGUGGCUUAGAGUUGUACCAUAGUGUCGAUUUUGAAGUUUUGGGUCAGGUUGUGCAUCACGAAUUGAAGAAAAAUGGCGAUAAGGAGAAAGUUACGGAAGAAAAUAAAGAAGAGUAUUUGACAUUAAUGACCGAAUGGAGGAUGACAAGAGGCAUAGAACAGCAAACCCAAGCCUUUUUGGACGGCUUUAACGAAGUCGUGCCUAUAGAAUGGUUAAAAUAUUUCGACGAGAGGGAGUUGGAGUUGCUGCUUUGUGGCAUGCAGGAGAUAGACGUCGACGAUUGGCAACGACACACCAUCUACAGGCACUAUACACGAAGUAGCAAACCGGUGGUGUGGUUCUGGCAGUUUGUGCGUCAAUCGGACAAUGAGAAACGCGCCCGCUUGCUGCAGUUCGUGACGGGUACGUGUCGGGUGCCUGUGGGGGGCUUCGCCGAACUGAUGGGUUCCAACGGCCCCCAGAAAUUCUGCAUUGAGAAAGUUGGGAAGGAGUCGUGGUUACCGCGUUCGCACACCUGUUUCAACCGUCUUGAUCUGCCGCCGUACAAAAGUUACGAACAGUUGGUGGAAAAGUUGACUUACGCGAUUGAAGAGACCGACACCUUCGGUCAGGAGUAAUGUUUCAGUAGUGUAAUAACAGCCGUACCUGAUUCUUGACCAUGGUUUGAGAUUUUGUUUCUUUGGGCCUCUACUUGCAGUGCUUGUGCAAUUUUUGUUUCGUUUGUGUUGUUACUCCGGUCGGAUUGUAUUUAAAUGUGAUAUGUAGAAAUAUUGGCCUAUUUUCUAGCUUACCUAACAGAUUAUAACUAAAUGUAAAUAUUUUUUGAAGAGAAAAAUGUGGGAAGACUACAUAUUUUGAAUACGAAAAUGACAUUCCAUCGUGGGUGUGCACUAUGUAUCAUAAGUAUUCUUUUAAUUUUUAUUUUUAACCAAAGUAUACACGGACUGGAACCAAUCUGGCUUGAAAUUUCAUUUACAAUAAAUUUAUUUACUUUUUAAUCAGUUGUAGAAUAUUGUAAAGUGAGGAAAUGUAUGUAAAUAAUGAAUGAAGAGAAUUAUUAAAUUAUUACAAAUAAAUA